ACACACACACAGCUGCAGGGUUGUAGCGACGUUCGCAAAAAAAAAAAACGCACGUUCUUGUGUCAAAAUCAAUACGAGAAAUCAACAAAAAUCGAUCGAUUUUUGCACAACAUCAACGCCAAUUGCCACAUUUCGUUGCAAGCGACACAACAACACGUGCAGUGCUCAACGCCAAAUUUGCUGUGGAAAAUUGUGUAAAAAAAGGAAAAAAAAUUUUGCGCGUCGCAAGAGUCUCGCGUGCAUCGUCUGUCUCUGUCUAACCUUGGGUUGAGUGCCCCCUGUGCGUGUGUGAGUGCUUGUGUGUGUGUGUUCCUAUGUGUUCUUAGCGCUAACAAAAUUGUCAAUUAAAACGUAAAAUAUUGUGAUUAAGAACAAGUAGAACGACAUCAACAUACCCCGUCCCUCCUCCACCCUCCAACACACACACAAAAUGUCCAACAGCAGCCGCAAUGCUACCGAGCAAAAUAAUAAAUGCAGCGCCGCCGGCGUCAACAGCGUCGCUGCUGCGCUAUGUCCGCUGAGUAACUGUCAAUUUAGUGGCGUCGUAAUUAGCGCCAUUGCCGAUGAACAAAAAUUGGAGUUUAACAACAUUUACAAGAGCAGCUGCACACUCAGCUGCAGUUAUGAUUCCCAAGGCGUUCUGGUGCGCAUCAUGUUGGAUAACGAUCAAGGACAUGUGCUGAAGGAAUAUAUGUUAUCAGCGGAUACGGAUGCAGCACAGCUAGGCAAACGUUCCUAUGCCGUUUCCCUCGAAUCGGAUAAUCUCGUCUUGCGCUUUGCCAGCGACAAGGAUCAGCAGCUGUUUCGCAAAGUUGUUGAGAACGUUAAACAUUUGCGACCAAAAUCGGUUUUCUCGCAGCGAACGGAGGAAUCGUCUGCAUCGCAAUACUUUCAAUUCUACGGCUAUCUCAGCCAGCAGCAGAACAUGAUGCAGGACUAUGUGCGCACGAGCACCUAUCAGCGGGCCAUUCUAGGCAAUUCCAUUGACUUUCAGGAUAAAAUAGUGCUUGAUGUUGGAGCUGGAUCUGGUAUUUUAUCCUUUUUCGCCGUGCAGGCGGGCGCUGCGAAAGUGUAUGCGAUUGAGGCAUCGAAUAUGGCGCAGUAUGCGCAGCAACUGGUCGAAUCGAAUAAUGUGCAGCACAAGAUAUCCGUAAUACCCGGCAAAAUCGAGGAAAUUGAGUUGCCCGAAAAAGUGGAUGUUAUCAUUUCGGAGCCAAUGGGUUAUAUGUUGUACAACGAACGGAUGCUCGAAACCUAUUUGCAUGCCAGGAAAUGGCUCAAGCCCCAGGGGAAAAUGUAUCCGACUCAUGGCGAUUUGCAUAUUGCCCCAUUCUCGGAUGAUUCCCUCUACUCGGAGCAGUACAACAAGGCCAACUUCUGGUACCAGUCCGCAUUUCACGGCGUCGAUUUGACCACCCUGCACAAGGAGGGCAUGAAGGAGUACUUUCGACAGCCGAUCGUCGACACCUUCGACAUACGCAUCUGCAUGGCAAAAUCGGUGCGACAUGUCUGCGAUUUUCUCAACGACAAGGAGAACGAUUUGCAUCUCAUUGACAUUCCGCUCGAGUUUCACAUACUACAGACGGGCAUUUGUCACGGUUUGGCUUUCUGGUUCGACGUGGAGUUCAGUGGCAGCACCCAGAACGUGUGGCUAUCCACAUCGCCGACGGCACCGUUGACCCACUGGUAUCAGGUGCGCUGCCUGCUGCCCAUGCCCAUCUUUAUCAAGCAGGGGCAGACGCUGACGGGUCGCGUGCUGCUCGAAGCGAACCGGCGGCAAUCGUAUGAUGUAACGAUUGAUUUGCAUAUCGAAGGCACUCUGAUCUCGUCGAGCAAUACGCUCGAUUUGAAGAAUCCGUAUUUUCGGUACACGGGGGCGCCGGUUCAAGCGCCGCCGGGGACUAAUACGCAGAGUCCGUCGGAGCAGUAUUGGACACAGAUGGACACACAGCAGCAGCAGCAGGGCAGCCGUAAUUCUAAUAGCAUGUUAAAUGGCGGACUUUCUGUCAAUGGCAUGGCUGAUCCCGGCAUGGACAUCAAUCUGGGUCUGAUGCAUCCGCAUUAAAGUUCAAGUUCAAGUUGAAUUCUUUUCUUUUCUUGGAGGAGAGCAUGCAACAAAAUGUGGCAACUUUGGCUAGCACAAUUUUUGAUUUACUCUAUGUGUGGUUUUUGUUAUUUAAUGCUUCUGUCUAAAAAGUUCACUUAUAUAUUUUUACUUUUUUUUAUUAUUACAUUUAUUUAUUCUCAAAAAAAAAAAAAAAAAGAAUUAGCCCAGGCAUUUUGUUGUAGCUAUUUUUGUGUAUAUCAAAAUAAGUCGAAAAAGAAAAAAAAAUCAUCAAAUAUAUAUAAUAAUAUCGUAUAGAUUAAACAAUCAAGGCAGACUAAAAUACUAUAUAAAUAUGUAGUUGUUUAGAACAGCAAACAUUAUAAACGAUAAGUUAAUUUUUAGCCGCCCCUAGAGUUUUAGAGUUUUUAUAAUAAUAUAUAUAUAAAAAUAAUAAUCAACGUAGUCGAAAAUCAAGAUCAAUUGCAAGCUUCAGGAAAUUUCUUAAAAGCUUUGAACAAAAACCAACUCAAUGAAUGUCUCCCCCCUAUGUUUAA